AUGCAAUAUGUUAUGGAAUUCUUUCACCAUCCUACAAAGCUUGCUAAGGAGUCUAUGUUACCAAUGGGUUCAACUAUAUCACCAAACCAGCUUCAGAGGACAAUAUUUUCUAGGGACCUAGUGGAACUUCUCUGCAAGAUUUUUAGCAAAGAUGCUGAAUAUCUUAGAUAUUCUCAGGACAUCUCAAGCCAUCAGCUAUCUUCACAUAUCAUUGAAUAUCCUAAUUGUCCUCUUCAUAUUAUUAUUGAUGAAAAAGCCCUUCUUGCAGGCCUUUAUAAACUCAGCAAUGAUACUAUGGAUCAGGCAGCCCAAUUUUCCUAUCCUGUUUUUCAAUUCAUUUUAGAAAGAAAUCGAACAGUAACAAGUCGCACCUUGUUUACUGCACUAGAGAAAAGCACUUCUCCCUCUGCAUUUGCACUUCAAUCUCUGGGCUAUAGUCUAAUGACUAGCUCUCACAAAAAUGCUAUGAGAACUGAUGUUUGUGUUGCCAAAAUACAGAAUGACAUAAUAGAUGUCUCACCAUAUGGCAUUCUAGUUCUGUUCACUGGAGGUGGAGAGGGUUGGAUGGAUGACUGGAAAUUUGCACAGUGCAUUCUUGCUGCUUCUCAAAGGGAUUGGCAGGUGGAAAUUCUUGCCUGGAACAACACCACCACUGAAAAGAAAGCAUGGUACAAUGCUAUACCAGGAUCUAAUAGUUCCAAUUCUAGCUGCAUUACUUUUCUGGAGAUGUUUUAUGGCAAUAUUUUCUCUCUGUGA